AUGGCGGAUAUUAAAGGAAAAGGGAUCCUCUAUGAGGAUGAUGAUGCACCAAUUAAGCUUACGGAUCAAGAUGACUCUCAUGUCACUAAGGAGUAUUAUCUGUCUCUGAUUGGUAAAGUCUUCAAUCCGAAGAAGCAAAAUGUGGAGAAGUUACUACAGACAGUGCCAACUCAGUGGGGAGUGCAAGAACGAGUUACUGCUAAUGAUUUGGGGAAUGGAAAGUUUUUAAUAAACUUCACAUCUGAGGAGGAUCUAAAAUCUGUUCUAGGAAAGGUUCCAUUCCACUUUAACUACUGCAUGUUUGUCUUGGUUCGAUGGGAACCAAUUGUCCAUGGUGAUUAUCCCUGGAUAAUUCCCUUUUGGGUUGAGCUAGUUGGGAUCCCUCUGCACUUGAGGACGGUUAAAAAUAUGAAGAGUAUUGGUGGACGGCUUGGUCAUGUUAACGAAGAUACUAUUGAACUUUCAGCAGGUCGAAUGCUCAUUGACGUCGACUCAAGACGUCCUUUGAAGCUCACAAGAAAUAUUGAAUCUUCAGAAGGUGAUGAAGUAACCAUUGAGAUCAAGUAUGAUAGGUUAUUUAAGCAUUGCACCAUAUGUGGGUUGAUGACUCAUGAAAAAGGCUACUGCCCUACGGUGGAGUCAACCAUGCGACCUCAAACGGAGAGAGCUGGGGUCUUUGCGCGGGUACAACUCCCACAAGAUCAGCCUAGUUGGCAGCCAUUGCUGUGGGACUUUCGCGCUCAUGAUCAGAGGAAUAUGGACAGGGACCGUCAGCCUUUGCAUCAUUCUUCACGUACUGUCUCACAUGGAAACAACAGAAGUGAUGUGGCUUGUUAUCCUGAUGCUUCGAAUCACAAUGACGGUUUCAAAGCGAGAUAUCAUGAGCAGGAGAAGGAGAUUUCUAACUCUCGUACGGUGAAUGGUAAUAAAAGACAUCAAACACACUCUGAUAGGAUCAUGAGAAACCGUGACAAUAAGCCAAGAGGGUUUAGAUAUGAUAACACUCGUUAUGGCUCUGGACCGUACGACCGUAAAGGAGAUCUUACUUGGCGUGAGAAGUUAAAGACAAUGUCAGGCGAGACGACCAGAUCUCCAGGUCAUGUAAGAAACACAAGGGAUGUGGCUCAUGAUGUUGUUUUUAAUGAACAAGCGUCGCGAAGCAGUGAUCAUUUGGAUAGGUAUGACCAUGAUCGGUCCAGGGAUGAAGAGAGGAGUGGAGGAGAGCAUAAAAAGAUAGGACUAGCAAGCUACAUUGUGUCUCCAUUGCUUCACCCGCCUCUAAUGGAAGAGAACGUUACGGUCAGGAACAAAAGCUUGGCACUAUCUUAUUCACCUCAGGCUCCGAAGGAUGAGUUAGAGAAUGCACAAAUCAUUGGUGCUUUGAAUGGGAUGGAGUUACUUGAAUCCAAUGAUGAUAAGGCGAUGGAAUGUGACGUCCAAGGAGAUGAUUUGCUCGGAGAAGAGCUCAUGGAGAUAGAAGGCCAAGAUCAAUCAAUAGUUGUGGCUGGACCUUCAGAUAUUACUGCUGCUACCAAAAGAUCAAAGACUACGUGA